CACGGCAGUGACUGUGUGUGUGUGUAGUGAAGAUAGACGUAUCAGUGUCUUGUGUAGUGAAGAAACAAUGGCUUAACGCACACUCACAUAUUCAACAAUACGAUGGUGAGUGUGUGUGUGUGUAUCUGGUAUAUUGAAGACACACUUAAUACGGUGCUUUGGGUGUGUGUGUGUGUGUGUGAUACGUAAACAAACCAAACACAAACGGUAGUGAGUGUGUGUGUGUGUGUGGUAUACGCAAGAAAUACUCAAGAAAAACGGAAAAAUAAGAGGAAAAAUCACAUAAUAAACAGGAAUAAACACAGUGGCCACUUAAGAAAAACGGGAAAAAACGCAGGAGAGACAUAUCCAAACGGAAAAACAGGAAAGUCACAUUGAAAACGGAAAAACGCUAAACACUUAAAAACGGAAAACUAAAGGAAAAGUCACUCAGAAAAAACGAAAGGUGGGACUAAACGCUAAAUAAUAUGUAUCACUGGCGUUUAAAGAUCAUGGUGAUGUGGUCACUGUUGGCGUGUAGCGUUGACAGCCUCAGUUACCACGCCGCCACCCACCAACGCCACAACGCUGGUAACCUCAACGCUAACAACGAAGGCUAUAGUGUUGUAAGUGACCGUCUCAACGCUAUACACGUUCUGGGGAAUGCUAAUGAAGUCUCCCUCAACGCCUAUAACGCUCCCUACACCACAGACAACGCAUCCUACGCCACAGACAACGCCUACAGCACCUCCUACGCCACAGAUAACGCCUCCUACGCCACAGACAACGCCUACAGCACCACCUACGCCACGGACAACGCCAUUUACGCCACAGACAACGCAAACCUCCACCCACAACUCAACGUUCGUAGGUCACGUCAAAUACACAGACGGACACAGGUGGAUGAUCAGACGCGGCGAGGAGAGGUCAAGUCAAUGACCCAACAGGUGGUGGUCAUUAACUUCACUGCAGAGUUGAGCAAGGUCAACCCCUACCAGCCUCUAGUCACGGGCGAGAGUGAGGAUGAAGGCACACCACUCACUGACGAAGACUGGAGCCUGGCGGAGGAGUUACUGGACCUACAACACGACACUGCUGCAGACAGCGACGGGUUAAGAAAUCCAACGACAGAUGUGUUAGCGCAAGACCAACUGUUCGAGGGGGACAUUGUCAUCACCUCGUCUCAGGAACUAGUCAACGCCUUCAUGGUGACCAGGAAUGCCAUCGUCGACAAUAGGAAGAUGUGGCCCAAGGGAGUGGUUCCUUAUGCCGUGUCUAGCAAGUUCACUAAAGCAGGUCGGGCGGCCAUAGCAGCGGGUAUCGUGCAGUUUCACAGGUCCUCGUGCGUUAAAUUCAUCCCUUAUCAGCAGGGGACCCACACUGACUACAUCUUCUUCAUCGCCUCCUCCACGUGCUCAUCUAGUGUGGGUCGUCAGGGGAAGAAGCAGUUGGUUAGAUUAUCCAAGGCUUGUUUAUCACCUGGAGUUGUGGCCCAUGAAUUGAUGCACGUCUUAGGGUUUUGGCACGAGCAGGCGAGGGCAGACAGAGACAACCACGUGACCAUUGUGUGGGACAACAUACCAAACGACAAGAGACAGAACUUCGCCCGCAGAACCACACUUACGGCGCAAGAUUUCGGCGCUCCCUAUGACUACGGUUCGGUAAUGCACUACAGUUGGAAUCACUUCGCUAAGGACCCGACCUCUCCCACCAUUAUAACGAAGCAACCUGGCGCCAUUAUAGGACAGCGGGAAGCCCCAAGUCCUACAGACAUCUUCAAGGUAAACGCCCUAUAUAGUUGUGCGGCUGCCAUCAACAACCCGGGUCUUCCAGUUGGACAACCUAAACCAAAUCUGUUUGUAGCUCAGCCUCCACCACUGCUCACCACAGACCAGCCUCCACCACCUCUACUGGUCAUAACCUCUACCCCUGGUGACAAGUGUGAGGAUGUCGCUAGUGUGUGCAAGGUGUGGGCGGCUGGUGGGCAGUGUACCGUCAACCCCUCCUGGAUGAACAACAAUUGUCCUCGAGCUUGUGGUCGCUGUGGUGCAACGUGUAAGAACAAUUCUCCAUACUGCGGUUACUGGGCAGGUACCGGUCAGUGUUUCAUCAAUCCCCGGUACAUGUUAAUCCAGUGUCCCCAGUCAUGCACCAGCUGUAAUCUACCCCCAGAUAUUAACCUGAGUUGUUUGGACAAGUUGCCCUUCUGUGAUUACUGGACCAAAAAAGGCGAAUGUCAAAUUAACCCCAAAUAUAUGUUGAAAAACUGCAAAAGUUCAUGUAAACAAUGUUGAUUGUUAAGAACGUGUAGUAACUGUCAACAACAAUAAUGUAACCAGUAUUAAUAAUUGUUAAAACUUUCAUGUGCCAGUAAAGCCUAUACAGGUUAAUGUAUUCCUGUCUUGAGUUUUACUGAACUGUACCAGAAAUAAAGAUUACACAAACAAA